AUAUCACUCUCAAACGAACGCAAUGUACAAGCGAGUGUCCUUAUCGUUUCCAGAAGAAGUUCUCGAGCACGUAUUCUCGUUUAUAAACCUAGACAAAGAUAGGAACUCGGUGUCUCUGGUGUGCAAGUCGUGGUACGAGAUCGAGCGGUGGUGCAGGAGGAAAGUCUUCAUCGGGAACUGCUACGCGGUGAGCCCCGCGACGGUGAUACGGAGGUUCCCGAAGCUGAGAUCCGUGGAGCUGAAAGGGAAACCGCACUUCGCGGACUUCAAUUUGGUGCCGGAGGGAUGGGGAGGGUACGUGUACCCGUGGAUAGAGGCGAUGGCGACGUCGUACACGUGGCUGGAGGAGAUAAGGCUGAAGAGGAUGGUGGUGAGCGACGAGUGCUUGGAGCUUAUAGCCAAGUCGUUUAAGAAUUUUAAGGUUCUGGUGCUUUCGUCAUGCGAAGGCUUCUCCACCGAUGGUCUAGCUGCUAUCGCCGCCUCUUGCAGGAAUCUGAAAGAGCUUGAUUUGCGUGAGAGUGAUGUUGACGAUGUCAGUGGCCACUGGCUUAGCCAUUUCCCAGACACAUACACUUCUUUGGUGUCUCUCAAUAUCUCUUGCUUAUCCUCUGAGGUCAGUUUCUCUGCUCUCGAAAGGCUGGUGACUAGGUGUCCCUCCCUCAAGUCUCUCAAGCUUAACCGAGCUGUUCCUCUCGAAAAACUGGCUACUUUACUUCAAAGAGCGCCUCAGCUUGAGGAAUUUGGCACCGGUGGCUACACUGCUGAUGUGCGUCCAGAUGUCUUCUCUGAUUUAUCUGUAGCUCUCUCUGGCUGCAAGAAGUUGAAGUGCUUAUCUGGGUUUUGGGAUGCUGCUCCUGCCUAUCUUCCUGCUGUUUAUUCCGUUUGCUGUCGGGUUACUACUUUGAACCUGAGUUAUGCGACGGUUCAGAGUUAUGAUCUUGUCAAGCUUCUUAGCCAAUGUCCUAAAUUGCAGCGCCUCUGGGUGUUGGACUACAUCGAGGAUACUGGUCUUGAGGUGCUUGCUUCAACCUGCAAGGACCUUCGCGAGCUGAGAGUGUUUCCGUCCGACCCUUUUGUCAUGGAGGCAAACGUUGCAUUGACCGAACAAGGGCUUGUCUCGGUCUCUCUGGGGUGUCCAAAACUCGAGUCGGUUCUCUACUUCUGCCGUCAAAUGACCAACGAUGCGCUGGUAACCAUUGCUAGGAAUCGUCCCAACAUGACCCGCUUCCGUUUGUGCAUCAUCGAGCCGAAAGCCCCUGACCAUAUGACUCUAGAGCCACUGGAUGUGGGAUUUGGAGCCAUAGUAGAGCACUGCAAAGAUCUCCGGCGGCUCUCCCUAUCGGGGCUGUUGACCGACAAGGUUUUCGAAUACAUUGGGACAUAUGCAAAGAAGAUGGAGAUGCUGUCAGUGGCGUUUGCAGGAGAGAGUGACUUGGGAAUGCAUCAUGUGUUGUCAGGGUGCGAUAGUUUGAGGAAGCUAGAGAUAAGGGACUGCCCGUUUGGAGACAAGGCGCUAUUGGCCAAUGCUUCGAAGCUGGAGACAAUGCGAUCUCUUUGGAUGUCUUCUUGUUCGGUGAGUUUUGGAGCCUGCAAGUUGUUAGGACAGAAGAUGCCAAAGCUCAAUGUGGAAGUCAUCGAUGAAAGAGGUCCGCCGGACUCGAGACCAGAGAGCUGCCCUGUUGAGAGAGUGUUUAUAUACCGAACAGUGGCGGGUCCUCGGUUUGACAUGCCUGGCUUCGUGUGGAACAUGGACCAGCAACACUCAACCAUGGUCACUACUAACAAAUAAACGAGGUACAGUUUUUCAUCAAUCCUGUUCAUCAUCGCCCAUAUUCUAAUCGUUCCAGUUUAGGAACACGAGAGAGAGAGAGAGAGAGAGAGCGCCAUUAAUUUAAUCCUGAGCUGCUUCAUAUGACUACCAAGCUAAUGAGCAAUGAAUGAGUGAAUAGAGAGGGAGGACAUAGAGAGAAAGAGAUCCGAGAGACCUUUGUUGUAUGUUUGUUUGUCUUACUUACUGAGAGAUUCUGGUGGGGUAUUAGUUUUGUUCAGAGUACGAUGAGAGAUUUUUUAAAAGACAAUUGUCAAACAUGUAACUGUACUAUCUGUUUGGACUCAUUUUUUUAAAUCCUUUUCAAUAUGUUUUUA